AUGUCUCCCAAGAAGAACGCAUCCAGUUCCUCUGCUCAGCAAAAGAACAAAGGGAAGGAGGUCGUCCCUGAGUCUUCUAUUCCCCACUUCGGUCCGGUGGUGGAGAAAGAGGUGGUGGUAGACCCCAACGCCUUCUUCAAGGUGGAAAGAAUCGUUACUCUUUUGGUAAUCCACGAGCUCCCACCCUCUCAAGAAGAGGCCUUGCCGGCCAUUGAAGGCAAGGACGAGGUAGAGGAUGAGGUGCCUCUUGUGCGAAAGAGGCGGGUUCUUGAGGUUAUUCGGGAACCCGAUUUAGAGCGAGUUGUGUCAGGGGCAGCAGCCGGCCCCUCCGGCCAAGGAGAAGAGAUGGAACAAACCGAAGCUCCUAAGCUCCGUACCACUUUCCUAGCUGGGAAAACCGACUCGGUUCCUAUUGUGAAGAGGCCCAGAUUUACGAAGAAGGCCCCUCCGGCAGUGGGAAAUGUCCCAAAAUCUUCUACUAAAGGGAAAGGUACGAGCUCGACAUCUCCGGUGUCUUCCGUCACUGAGAGGAGGAUUCCUCCUCCUCCUCCUCCACCUCGGUUCGCGCCUCCUCAAGAUCAAGUUAUACAAGAUGAUACUCCAGUUCCCCCUGCCCAAUUGCGACCGUCCGAAUACCAGUAG